CAUCGAGAGUGAGGAUUACCUGUAUUCGAUAGGCAUCGAAAAGCUGAUCGUCAGCAGCAGUGCUUCAGGUCCUUUUCUGCAGAGAAUUGCACCGCUUACUGAAGCAAUUACUUAUUUGAUCUAUCGCGAACCAGUGUUCCAAGUGCCAGCAGGCAACACUAUCUACGAAAUUGAAGUUACCAAUGCAGCAAACUUACGAUCAUUGGUGGCAGGUACGAAUCACCAUUUGAAAAGACUACAUCUGGAGAACUGCUUGGUAGAUCGUGUGCCACCGACGCUCUCCCAGAUGAUCGAACUGGAGAUACUGAGUAUCAAUCAGUGCGCAAUGACAGCACUACGGCUAGAUGUGCUUGUAAACAAUCCAAAACUCUAUGUCUUAAACCUGGCCAAUAAUCAAAUACGGCAACUAUUUCCGAUUACAACGCCACCGAAACAGAGGUUGGUCCUGGAAUCGAUUGAUCUAUCCAGUAAUCAACUGGAACGUCUGGAUAUGUUCGUCUUUGCCCAUAUUCCAGACCUGCAGCGGCUAGACGUGCAAAAAAACCGUAUUGUUCGCUUUGAGGCAACCGCACCGGUAACCUACAAUUCUUUCAUCCGACUCGAUAUCAAAUCGAACAGCAUUACUUCAUUCGAUACACGCAAUCUCACCCUGCCUGCAUUGAAGUCGAUCUAUAUGGACGACAAUGCGCUCACAGAAAUCCCAAAACAUUGGGGAUGGCAUCCCAACUUGUACUACCUCGGAUUCGAUCGAAACAAUCUGAAGCAAGUCGAUAUGAGUGUGUUUGGACAGUUUCCAAACUUGACCGGAAUCUUCAUUAACGAAAAUAAGAUCGAGUCUAUUCGCACCUCGUCUCCUGUUACGCUACCAUUGAUUGAUACAAUAACCUUCCAAGACAAUCAAAUCGUGUCGGUAAAUUUUACAGGAUGCAAUUUGCCUAACUUGUACUAUAUUUCGUUGAUGAAUAAUCAACUCACGGCAGUGCCGCCUAUCUUUCAACGUUUCCCAAAAACGCUUAUGUCGGUCGAAAGGAAUCCGAUCAAAUGUUCCAACAUGAUGUUGUUCAAGAGCAAGAUCAAUGAGAGUCGGCUUUACGUGACCACUGGUAGGACACAGUCGGAAUGUUUCACGACAUCUUCGAUUGCACUUGAUCAAGAGAAUAGAGGAUGUUGUGUCGCUUGAUCGUAGUUUGAUUCCAGUGGAAAAAUCUGCAUCUUCUUGUAGAAAAUUAAUCUUCAAAGUCUUAGACGUGCAUCUUAUAUACGGAUAUCUUGAAGGCUAUAGUUGAAUAAAUGAAACGUACACCCAAAGAAUUAGCUUUUUUACCAUGAUGGAUGUGCAGUGGUAAUAACAGAUAAUCAGUCGUUAUCAAAGGUUGGAUAAAAUUGUUUCUCAUUAACGGCAACAAAUACAUCAAAACAACAAUGGAUAGGUAGAUGAAUAAGAUAUUUUGUGCUUUAUCUGUCAUAUUGUAUUCUAGAAAAUGAAAUUGUUCAGUUUUUAAAUUACGAUUUAAUUAAGUCAUUACGUUUAGCGCAUCUUUAGGCGUAUAUAUUUGGUUCAGUUGGGUCAUUACCAUCGACAGUAGUGCGACGAGUGUUGCCAUUAGUGUGUUGCUUUUGAAUAUCUGAGUGAUGGGUGUCCUGAACUGUAAGAAUUCAACGACUUGAGUAUGAUGAUAUAAACACUUAACUACCCAGGGAUCUUUACUGUCCAUCCUUAGCAGCAGUAUUGGUUCUAUGGAUUUUGGGUCAUAUUGGACCGCCUCCAUGCAUUGCUCAGUGUAAGAUCCCGUAUGCGCUUCUUUGCAACAUCGGAGUGAUCAACAUGACGUCUGACGGAGGAACUAUAAUACGUAACACCAUCGACAGCGAUAAGUACGUGUAUUCGAUAGGCAUCGAAAAGCUGAUCGUCAGCAGCAGUGCUUCAGGUCCUUUUCUGCAGAGAAUUGCACCGCUUACUGAAGCAAUUGCUUAUUUGAUCUAUCGCGAACCAGUGUUCCAAGUGCCAGCAGGCAACACUAUCUACGAAAUUGAAGUUACCAACGCAGCAAACUUACGAUCAUUGGUGGCAGGUACGAAUCACCAUUUGAAAAGACUAUAUCUGGAGAACUGCUUGGUAGAUCGUGUGCCACCGACGCUCUCCCAGAUGAUCGUGCUAGAGGUGCUGAGUAUCAAUCAGUGCGCAAUGACAGCACUACGGCUAGAUGUGCUUGUGAACAAUCCAACACUCUAUGUCUUAAACCUGGCUGGUAAUCAAAUACGGCAACUAUUUCCGAUUACAACGCCACCGAAACAGAGGUUGGUCUUGGAAUCGAUUGAUCUAUCCAGUAAUCAACUGGAACGUCUGGAUAUGUUCGUCUUUGCCCAUAUUUCUGACCUCAAAUGGCUAGACGUGCAAAACAAUCGUAUCGUUCGCUUCGAGGCAACUGCACCGGUAACCUACAAUUAUUUCAUGCGAUUAGCUAUCGCAUCGAACAGGAUUACUUCGUUUGAUACACGGAAUCUCACCUUACCUGCAUUGAACGCGAUCUAUAUGGACGACAAUGCGCUCACUGAAAUCCCAAAACAUUGGGGAUGGCAUCCCAACUUGCACUACCUCGGAUUCGAUCAAAACAAUCUGAAACAAGUCGAUAUGAGUGUGUUUGGACAGUUUCCAAACUUGACCGGAAUCUAUAUAAGCGAAAAUAAGAUCGAGUCUAUUCGCACAUCUUCUCCUGUAACGCUACCAUUGAUAGAUACACUAAUGUUCGAAAAAAAUCAAAUCGUGUCGGUAAAUUUUACAGGUUGCAAUUUUCCUAACUUGUACUAUAUGUUGCUGAUGAAUAAUCAACUCACGGCAGUGCCACCUCUCUUUCAACGUUUCCCAAAAACGCGGAUAUCGGUCGAAUGGAAUCCGAUCAAAUGUUCCAGCAUGAUGUCAUUCAAGAGCAAGAUCAAUGAGAGUCGGCUUUACGUGACCACCGGUAGGACGCAAUCGGAAUGUUUCACGACAUCUUCGAUUGUAUUGGAUCAAGAGAACAGAGGAUGUUGUGUCGCUUGAUCGUAGUUUGAUUCCAGUGAAAAAAGCUCCGAUCGUCCGAAAUUCUCGAGCACGUUGCAACAAAAGAUAAUUGAUUGUUGACAUUUCCCCAAUAAAAGCUGUAUAUGAAUCCUGAGAGCUCAUCUUGAAUAAAUAAAAAGCACCCCCAAAGAAAUAUUUCUUGUAGAUUUUCUUUUUUAAUUGGAAAUGGAUCUUUAUAUCUCCGCUUUGCCCUUCGUUCGCUAUGGGUGCAGUUAUUUAUAAUGAUAAUGCAAUCGGUUACCCAUCAUCGUCCGACAAUUACAUCGGUUCCCGGUGCGUACUUUUGCCCGAUAGCGUCUGCUACUGGUUAAUGGAUGCCUGUUGUAAAUUAAGACGAUCAUUUGAGUGGACCGUAAGCGGAACUAGGAUGAUCUUAUUAGCAAACACCGAAGAGAAGCUGAUAGCCCCAAGGCUUCCAGAAAUGGUAGUCAAUGAACUCAAGAUGUAAUGCAACAUAACUGUGUACAGAAGUAAUUACGACCAUGUCUAGCAAAAGUUUAACAAAUAUUCUUGAGAGCACAAUGAAAGAUACCAUAGUUUUACAUUUUUGCUUCCACGUAGGCCAACUUUAAUGUAAUAAUAUUUGCAAUGAAGUAAGAUUUAAUUAUGUAAGCUGCAUCCAAAUUAUGUAUUUAGUUUAGAUCAAUAUUUCUGUCCACUCCCCCCAUGUGGUUAAGUAUACAGUGGAGCCCCGAUUAUUCGGGUACCUUUUAUCCGGCUGUCCCAUUAUUCGUGCAGCUCGGAAAUGACAGUUCCGAAGGAGGAUUGACAUAAGAAAUGCAAAACCGAUGAUGGCAAGAAAUAAAAGCUUCAAUAGGGAGUGAUACAAUUUGCUCAAGUUCGACCAAAAAGAACAGAUUUACGUUGCAAAGUGUAAAUAAGAAAAUUAACAUCUGGCUUUAUAAAAAAAAAUUAAAUUUGAAAAUUUCCUAAGGCUGUAGCCUUGGCUUUUUUUGGGAAAUUUUGCAAAACUUUAUAAAUUGAUUUAUUUUAAUGCGAAUUGAUUGAAAUAAGUUUCUUUUCACUCAAAUAAUGCUUUAAAUAAAAAAAAGAAUAAAAAAUAACAAAAAAAAUUUAAAAAAUCUAUAAAUUUACCAAUCUCCUAGGCUCAUUUUUGCACCAAGUUUUGCCUAUAACUCGGUUGGUAUCCAACGGAUCGCCAAUCUUUGC